CCGUAUAUAAAACCCAGGCCUCAGAGAAAUAAGAGAGAGAAAGAGAGAGAUAUCUAGGGUUUGUAGAAAAUGGUUGCAGAAACGUCUCACAGUCACAGAGACAUUGAAACGAACAGUGAGGAUGUAACCAACACACUGAUGGGAAACAAUCGGUGUUGUUGCUUCCCUUCAAUCUUUACUCCGUCAUCGCGAAGAUCCUCCGCCGUCGGAUUAUCCUGGUGGGAACGGGUCGGGUCGAGCGACGAUAAGUGGUGGUCCGGAGGCUUUCGCGCCUUGAAGAAAGUCCGGGAGUGGUCGGAGAUCGUCGCCGGACCGAGAUGGAAGACGUUCAUUCGCAGAUUCAAUCGGAGCAAGAGCGGAGGCGGAAGCAGCGGCGGCGGCGGCGGCGUUGGUAAUUGUAAUCGGCACGGAAAAUUCCAAUACGAUCCGUUGAGUUACGCGCUGAACUUCGACGAAGGCCCGGGGCAGAACGGUAAUCUGGACGAAGACGACGAUUACCACUUGUUUCGGAACUUCUCAACCCGGUACGCUUCGGUGCCGGGUCAGUUGCCGGCGAAAUCGGCGAAUUCUUCAUCAUCUUCGACUUCGUCCACGUCGACGAAGUUGUUAUCGACGCCGCCGCCUUUGGAUUCCGGUAGACACGUGGCAGUAUCGACGUAAUAUGCGGCGUGAACAGCGCAGGCGCUGAGCUGGAUGGUGUUGGAUGAUGACAAGAUAACGUGGCGGCGGCAAUUACUUUUUUAUUUAUUUAUUUAAUAUUUAAUAUUUAUUGUUUGAUAUUUUAUAGAUACUUUUUUUGAUAUAUAUAUUAAUAAAGAAAAAAAUUAUGAAUGAUGCGUGUGUGAUUAGGAUUAGUGAAACAAAAGGAUUGGUUUUGCAAAUGGCAUUUGCCAUUAAUUUGGUUAGGUAAAAGGUUGGGUUGUCUUUGUGACGAAAGGUGUAAAGGUGUUGGGUGUACAUUUCUAUGAUAUAUGAACAUAUGAGGUGUCUUAUGUUUGAACAAAGUCAAAUAAUCCAAUAACAAUGUUACCUUGCUGA